CCCUCUCCUCCUGCCGUCGUCCUUUGUUCUCGGACGCGCUCAGUCGAGACCGGAUCCCCUUCUCCUCCUCCUCCCCGCCGACGCUAACGACUAUCCUCGACACGCCCGCCACCAUGUCUAUUGAGAACGAGAAAGCUGACGACAAGCGCGUCGAGUCCGUCUCCGACGUCGCUUACGACAAGGAGGUUAAGCAUAUCGACAACACCACGGCGAACGUCAAGCUCGCCAACCCCCUCACCGGCAUUCCCCAUGACCAACUUAUGGAGGACGGGGCGACAUUCGCCAAAACUCACGGCCUUGGUCACCUCGAGGAAGAGUUCAGGAAGGGUGCCCUCGUCGCCCAGGACCCCACCGUCUUCGAGUCUCUUCCCCUGCUCACCGAAGAAGACAAGGCGGUCCUUCGUCGCGAGCUCACCCACCGAUGGGCGCAGCCUGUCCAGCUCUACUAUCUGGUCAUCCUAUGCUCGCUUUCCGCUGCCGUUCAGGGUAUGGACGAGUCCGUUAUCAACGGCGCGAACCUGUUUUUCCCAGACCAACUGGGCAUUCCCCAGAACGUCAGCAAAAAUCAGUGGCUGCUCGGUCUCGUGAAUGGCGCUCCCUACCUUUGCUGCGGUCUCGUUGGGUGUUGGCUCUCGACCCCGAUGAACAAGUACUUUGGACGUCGGGGAACCAUCUUUAUCUCCGCGUUCAUAUCGUUCAUCACCUGCAUCUGGCAAGGCCUCACUAACACGUGGUGGCACCUGUUCAUCGCUCGAUUCAUCCUCGGUUUCGGCAUUGGUCCUAAGUCUGCGACUGUCCCCGUCUAUGCCGCUGAGUGUUCUCCGCCCGCCAUCCGCGGAGCUCUCGUCAUGAUGUGGCAAAUGUGGACGGCCUUUGGUAUCAUGAUUGGCACGGUUAUGAGCUUGGCGUUCUACCACGUCCCCGACCCGCACAACAUCACUGGCCUGAACUGGCGUUUGAUGCUCGGUAGUGCCGGUGUUCCCGCCUUGAUCAUCAUGACCCAGGUCUUCCUCUGCCCCGAGUCUCCCCGUUGGCUCAUCAAGCAGGGUCGGUACGAUAAGGCGUAUGAGUCCCUUCGUCGCCUGCGCAAGUCCUCGAUUCAGGCCGCCCGUGACCUGUACUACAUCCACGUCCUGCUCGAAGCCGAGGCCGAGAUCCAGACCGGACGGAACCUCUUCAUUGAGCUGUUCACCGUCCCCCGCAACCGCCGCGCCACUCUCGCCUCGACCAUCGUCAUGUUCAUGCAGCAGUUCUGCGGUGUCAACGUCAUCGCGUACUACUCUUCGAACAUCUUCUCGCAGGCGAAGUUCACGAACAUCCAGGCCCUCCUCGCGUCGUGGGGGUUCGGCAUGCUCAACUGGGUCUUCGCGCUCCCCGCGGUGUACACCAUCGACACCUUCGGUCGUCGCAACCUGCUCCUGACCACCUUCCCGCUCAUGUCCGUCUUCCUGCUCAUGACCGGCUUCGCGUUCUUCAUCCCCGAGGAGCACCGCGACGCGCGCAUCGCCGUCGUCGCGCUCGGCAUCUACCUCUUCACGAUGGCGUACUCCCCCGGGGAGGGCCCCGUGCCGUUCACGUACUCCGCGGAGGCGUUCCCGCUGUACAUCCGCGACACGGGCAUGUCGUACGCGACGUCCGUGCUCUGGUUCUUCAACUUCAUCGUCGCGAUCACGUUCCCGCGGCUGCUGAGUGCCUUCACGCCGCAGGGCGCGUUCGGGUGGUACGCGGGGUGGAACGCGAUCGGGUUCGUGCUCAUCCUGCUGUUCCUGCCGGAGACGAAGGCGCUGUCGCUCGAGGAGCUCGACCAGGUGUUCUCCGUGCCGACGCACAUCCACGCCGCGUACCAGCUCAAGGCGCUCCCGCACCACAUCAAAAAGUAUGUGUUCCGCAUGAAGGUCAAGCCCCUGCCGCCGCUGUACGAGCACGAGGGCGCGAUCGGGGAGAAGCACUACGCGCCUGCCGCGGGCGGGCACUGACCCGCCGUGUACUGUGUACGCGUGUGCUGAUCCGCGCGUUGUUGUAUUGCAUGUGCACUGGUGGAUGGUAGUGUGGGAUAGCUGCCUGACACUGCGCUAAUGUUAACGGUAUAUCCAUGAUCGUCAUGUUGGUUCUUGUACUGCUGUGUAUCAUAGUAAUGUCAUUCUAACCUUUUCAUCAACGC